AUGUCGAAGAUUGAGGAGGGCAAUGCUCACAUGCGAGCUGCGGAAAAAAGUUUAAAAACAACCUUGCUGAAAUGGAGACCCGACUACGAAGUUGCUGCCGAUGAGUACAACCAAGCAGCUACUUGCUUCAGGAUUGCAAAGUCUUUUAAACAAUGCAAGGAAGCGCUAGUAAAAGCUUCUGAUUGUUAUAAGGAAAAUCGAUCAUGGUUCCAUGCUGCUAAGAGUUUAGAACAAGUGUUGCUGAUAUGCAGAGACAUGAAUGAGAUGUCAGAAGUACCGAAAUUGGCACAUCGGUCAUGUUCUCUGUAUCAACAACACGGGUCACAAGAGUCUGGAGCGACAGUUCUUGACAAGGCUGGCAAAAUGUUGGAGUCAAGUGAUCCCGAAGCUGCUUUACCAUUAUUUCAACGCGCAGCUGAGAUUGUUUUGGGUGAAGAUAGUCCGCGACAAGCUGCGGAAUAUUUGAGCCGCGUAGCAAGAAUAUUUGUUAAAUUAAAAAAAUACGACGAAGCUGCCAACGCAAUCCGCCGAGAAAUAGACAUGCAUCAACGAAUUGAACAUCAGCCGUCAGUGGGACGGUUGGCUGUCGUGUUGGUGCUGAUACAGUUGGCGAGAGGUGACCAGGUCGCUGCUGAGAAAGCCUUUAGAGAAUGGGGGAAUUAUUGUGAUGCCCCAGAGAUCCAAACAUUGGAGAUGCUUCUGCAAGCCUAUGACAAUGAAGAUGCCAAUGCAGCUCGCGCUGCGCUUAAUAGUCCGUUUAUAAAGCACAUGGAUGUUGAGUAUGCUAAGUUGGCUCGAGGAUUACCUCUCCCUCAGCAAGAGUACGCAGUACCACCAGCUGGGGUGAGACCCAAUGCCGCAGAGCCCUAUGUUUCGUCUUCGGUACAGGAUAAACAGCGCGAGACAGUUCGCGCAGAAGUUAGCCAUGAAACCGAGCCCAUUGAAAAAGCUAUGGCGGCGACUAAUAUCACGAAAGAACUAGGCGAAGACGAAGAAGAAGAAGAAGAAGAGGAAAAAGAAAAAGAAAAAACUCCUAGUCCAGUUGAAGAAAAAGAUAAAAGUAAAGAUUAUGACGAGUAUGAAGAGGGCUUAUGUUGA